AUGAUAGCAGCGGGACAACAAACGGCGGCGGCGUUUAGUGCGAAGGUGAACCAGAUUUCGCAGCAGGUGUUUCGAAUCUCAUCAAAUGUGUCUUCAAUACAACGGUUUGUUGGAUUUCUUGGCACGAACAAGGAUACGCCAGACGUGCGGAACAAACUGCAUGAAAUAACGGAGCAGACAAGGGAGCUUGUCAAGGAUACCAGCCAGGAAAUUAAGGAUCUCGCCAAACACGAUAACACCCAUGGAAAAAAAUUGGAGCAUAACAAGUUGUCCAAGGACUUUCAGAAGGUCUUGGUGGAGUUCCAGAAGGUCCAGCGGGUAUCGGCGGAAAAGCAGCGGGAGUUUGUUGAUCGCGUUCGACAGACCAACGUUCGUAAUGAUUAUGAGGAUGAGGAUGCAAGCGAGUCGGGCGACCAGCCGUUGAUAAAUGAAUCGCAGCGCCGGAUGCAAUUGAUGGUGGUCGAUAAUGAACUCGAGUACAAUGAGUCGUUAAUUGUGCAGCGCGAAGAGGAGAUCCGGGAGAUCGAGAGUGGCAUCACAGAGCUGAAUGAGAUCUUCAGGGACCUUGGAACCAUGGUCAAUGAGCAGGGCAGCAUGCUCGACUCGAUUGAGAACAAUGUUACAUCGAUUAGCAUGGUGACACAGUCUGCGUCCGAGGAAUUGACGACAGCGGCAAUUCAUCAAAGAAAUGCGCGCAAGAAGUCGUGCUAUCUGCUGUUGAUUAUCGCCGUCGUCGCCGGCAUCGUCGUCCUUGCCAUCUUAAGCUAA